UUAUUUUUUCAAAGAAACUUAUUCACUACUUUUUAUAACUCAGUUUGAUUUGACUACGUUUUUCAGUUUUUGGCGCAUUUCUCCUGUCAAAAUAACUAAACAAAACCCAAUUUGCGCUCUUCAUAUUGCUCUUUCGUAAUAAAAAAAAUUAAGACCGUUCAUGGUGGUGAAAAGUUCCGUUCGGGAUUGUGAAACUUUUCAGUCGUGGUGGGUCGAAUUGCAGCAACAAAACAACGUGCUUGGUUUGGUAGUAGUAAAUUAUUUUAAGAGUGAGUUGGUUGGUUUUUUUUUGUUUACAUUUAAGUUGCCGUUCUUGUACAAGUAUUCUUUGGCCGUGACCAUUCAUCAGGGAUAACAACGUUGCUAGUGCGGUACUUACACUGGUCUCAAGUAAUGUGAUUGCUGUUAUAAUUCGUUAAUAUGAUGAAUGGGGAUUUAAUUAAAUUUGUAAAUGAUGAGAAGAAUGUGCAAGUAAAUUUUAGGAAAGCUGGGGACAAAUUAAUGGAGAAGAAUCAGUUCACUAGUGAGGAAAAUCUGGGUUUACAUUCGCCAUUACACUCUAAUGUGGAAAAUGCAUUAAAGAAUUCCAAAAAAAAUGAGAUACGACGGAAAAGAGACAAAAGUUCGAAGUCUAUUCACAAAAAACGAAGAAAGUAUUCUGAUUCAAGCAAUGGAAGUUAUGUUGAAAGUUCUAAUAAUGUGACUUUUAAUAAAAAAAUAAAAAUUAAGAGCCAAAGCAAAGAAAAAAUUUCAGAUGCAAAUUCAGAUGAUCAAUGGAUGGAGAAAAAACAAAACGAUAAUAAAAAAUAUUUUGAUGAAUUUAAGCAGGAUAGUUGGAUGACAGAUGCACUAUUGUUGAAAACUUUCACACAUGAUCGGAAAGGAAAUGGAGUGAAAAACAAAGAGUCAUACGAGAAAUAUGAUCCAACUAAAAAUAAAAAAGAACUGAAUCCUUAUUGGAAAUCUAGUGGCGUUGGGUUACCUUCUUUUCAAAAGCCUCCAAAAGACAGUGUUGAAGAUGAACGUAAACAAAUAUUCGAAACAUCUUCAAAAAGAUGUGAUCAUCUGCAAAUCGAAAAUAAAAAUUGGUACAAAAAAAAUCAUAAUAAAUUACCAAGUAUUGAAGCAGUUUUACCUAAAACAGAUUUUACAAAAUCCAUAGAUACGUCGGAUUGUUUAGCAGGAAAUAGCAAUGAGCUUGCCACAAGUAAUUUAAAAUUUUCAAACAAAGAUCAUUUUCCCAUAAAUGACAGUACUGCAAAUAUUACAGAAUUAUAUCAAAAGGAAGACUUUGUAACAGAUAGUCACAUAAAUGCAUUAGCGGCUAAAAUUUUGAAAGCUGAAAUCAUUGGAAAUGUAGAAGACAUAGUAGAAUUAAAAAAAAAAAUGGAAGCAGCGCGUAAAAUCAAAAAAACUAUUACUGAUACGCAGUUGUGCGCAGCUCAUAAGAUAAAUGUCAAAAGCUCCAAAAAUAUUUUACCUGCAAUGGUUAACAAUUGUGGAAGUAUAAAACCAGUCUCUCAAACUAAAGAUCGUAGGAUUAUGUACUACGGCAGAAAACAAAACAUACAAGCUGCAAUUCCAGAUGAUAAAUAUGCUGUUAAAAAAAGGUUUGAAGGUAAAAUUUCUUUUACACCAACGGAUUUCAAAAUGUUAUUACCUAAUAUUGGAAGUAAGGGUAAAAAUCAAGAACGGGACAUACAACACAAAGCAAUCAAUGUCCAACAUAAUUUAAUAUCUUGUGUACAUAACUGUCGUAGAUGUCUUGAUUCUAAACAAAACGAUAAAAAUCUGAUAAUAUCAAUUGGUGAAAAAGUUUAUUUAGCCCUUCCAUGGUAUAUAGGUCUUCAAAAUGGACAUUGUAUAAUUAUUCCUUAUCAGCAUGUAAGUUAUUCAACGCAGUUAGAUGAAGAGGUAUGGGAAGAAAUCAAUUGCUUCAGGAAAUCAUUAAGUGAAAUGUUUGCUACACAAAAUAAGGAUGUCAUAUUCUUUGAAAUUGCUAAUAAAUUACACCGUGGUUCACAUUUGGGUAUUCAUUGUAUACCAAUUGAUAAAAAAAAAUCUGAAAUUGCACCUUUUUACUUUAAAAAAGCGAUUGAAGAAUCUGAAGAUACCUGGUGUGUGAAUAAACAAUUAAUAUACUUACGUAAGAAGGGGCUCCAGAGAAGCAUACCCAAAGGUUUAUCAUAUUUUUGGGUUAACUUCGGUAUGGAUUUUGGCUUUGCUCAUGUCAUUGAGGAUGAAAAACGCUUUCCUUCGAAUUUUGCACAGGAAAUACUUGGAGGUAUAUUGGAGCUUGACCCAAGUAAAUGGCGGAAAUUAGAAAGGGAACGAAAUAUUAUACUGAAAGUUAAGAGAUUUGUCGAUUGCUGGAAAAAAUUUGACUUCACUUUGAAUUUGAAUUAAAAAUAAUCAAUCAAACUAUGCUUGUCAUAAAUUCAAUAAAUGUCUUCUUGCAUUUCAUUUUGUAUAAGCGCUUUUUAAUAGUUGAAAAAAAGUUUAAAGUUGGCUUGUGAUAUUUUGCCUGACAAAAGAUAUUGAUAUUGGACUUAAAUAAUCAUUCCACAGUGCUUUUUCGUAUUACAAAAGCGCCCUCACAAAAAGUCUAAAAUACAUAUGAGAACAGAGGGUCAUAUACAUUUAAUUCGUUUUGUACCGUAGAAUUCGUAUUUGUUAUAAAUGUUAUAAAUAAUAAGAACAAAUAAGUUGAUACUGGCAAUACUAUUCUUUCUCAUGCAUCUUGUGCAUUUCGUUUUCAUAUACCUUCUUUAUUUUUAGUCUUAAUAAACGAUUCAACUUAACAGGUUAUGGGCCUAUUGAUAUGCGGAUAAAACAAAAAUGUUGAAUACUUCGGGUAUUUACAUUGAACGACUACGGGGUCGGGAAAAUUUCGAUGUCUGGAAAAGACAAAUGAAAUCGUGUUUAAUUAUUAAAGGAUACUGGAAAGUUGUGGAAAGUGGUGUAACAUCAGAAAAAGAUGAUGAUACAAACGAUCGUGCAUUAGCAGAAAUUACACUUAUGGUGGACCCAAAUAAUUACAGCCACAUUGCAACGGCAAAAACAGCAAAAGAUGCUUGGUUUGCGCUUAUGAACGCAUAUGAGGACAAAGGUUUAACAAGAAAGGUAGAAUUAUUGAAACAACUUGUAAAUACAAAAUUAGAAAACUGCAAAUCAGUGCAGGAAUACCUAAAUGAAAUAAUAAUGACGGCUUUGAAAGUAAACAGCGCUGGACUCAAUAUUGAUGAUGAGCUCACAGCGUCUUUAAUACUUGCAGGUCUGCCUGAAGAGCUUAAACCAUUAGUGAUGACUGUCGAAAAUUGUAAAGACAAAUUAACAGUCGAUAAAGUCAAAAAUUUAUUAAUGCAAGACUCCAAGUUUGAUAAUAAUGAAACAAAUUCGGCUUUGUAUAGUGGUAACGUGCAUAAGAAAAAAUUUGUAUAUAAAAACACAUGUCAUAAUUGCAAAAAAGAGGGGCAUUAUGCUAAAAACUGUCCAAAUAAAACCACAUAUUACAGAAAAAAUAAGCCGAAUAACGGAAGAAAAGAAGACGAUAAAAUUUUAUUUGCAGUAAAAAAGAGACAAUAUGCAAACGUGCAUUAAAGCUGUAAAAUUAGAAUGCGAAAAAAAUCAAGAAAACAUUUUGAAGAAUUGGUAUGUCGAUUCUGGCGCGACUAACCACAUGACAAACGACGAAAGUUUUUUAUUUAAUAUUCGAAAGAUAAAUAACCAAUCAAUAGUUGUUGCAAAUAAAAGUGAAAUGUCUGUUAAGAGCGUUGGUGAUAUGAAAAUAGUUCUCUUAGGUGAACACAAAUUAAAUGCAACUCUUAAGAAUGUUGAAUAUGUGCCAAAUUUAUGUGCGAAUUUUUUGUCAGUGCAACAAAUGAUAAAAACAGAUAAAAGAAUAGUGUUCGAAAAAGACAUGUAAAAUUUUUGACAGCAAACGCAAUUUAAUGUCAACUGCGGUAUUAAACAAUAGUUUAUACAAAUUAAAAUGCGUGCCAUUACAUACGAACAAAAACAUGAACAAUGCUAAAUCACUGAUGGUCAAAAAUGAUUUUAACGUUUGGCAUCGCAGAAUGGGACAUAUUUGCAACCAAAGUUUGGCUGAUGUCAAAAUGCUUUGUAAUAGUGUUAAUUUUGAUAAAUUCACAUCCGAGAAAUGUGUGGUGUGUGUAGAAUCAAAACAAACCAGAAAGUUAAAUAAAAAUGAAGGUACGCGGGCAACAGAAUUAUUAGAACUAGUGCACUCCGACGUACUUGGACCCUUACAAACAAAAUCAUUUUCUGGUGCACAAUAUUUAUUAACAUUCAUUGAUGAUUACUCAAGAAAGUUAUUUGUAUUUCCAAAUAAAGAAAAAUCCGACGUUUUCAAUAAAUUUAUUGAUUUUAAAAAUAUGGUUGAAAAUCAAUGUUCUAAAAAGAUAAAAACGCUACGCACGGAUAACGGACGCGAAUAUAUUAAUAGAAAUUUCUCGAAUUUUUUAAAAAAAUG